AUGGUAGAAACAGUUAUGGGAGUUGCAAAAGUAGCUUUUGAAGCUGUUGAAUUCAAGCAUAAUCAUCUUGACCAUCAUCAUGAUGAUCACAACAAAUCAGAAAAAGAACAACAAUAUCAUCAAGCUCUUUCAAUCGAAGAAGAAAAGAAAUUGAAGCUCUUCGCGGCUGUGGAAUCUACUAAGUUCUUAAAUCAGCUUGAAUCACUUCAUCAAGCAUCUAAUAACUUUCCUUUUGAAGAAACUACAGAAGCUGAUCUGGUAACCGUGGAAAUUUUAGUGAAUGGGGAGAGGAGUCGAUGGGUAUGGGUAACAGAUGAGAAGCUCGUAGAAGAGCGGAGUGGAAUUGAUAAUGAAACUUAUGUAAUUGUUAGUGAAGAUGAUGUGGUGGAAGGUGUUGCCAACUUUAUGGCUAAAUGCAUCAUUUCUAAUCCCAAAACUCAGAAAUUAACACCACAGGAGCUGCAGAAAACUGUGGCCAAGGCUUUGGAAGGUGUGAACAGAAUGGAGCAGUUGAUGAACAUCUGGCAUGCUGGAACAAUGUUUUAUGGGUUAGCUAUGUGGGGACUUGCACUGUCAGGGUUGUAUAGGCAUCGUGGAGUCCUGAAAGUGGCUGCAAAAGGGAUUGGAGCGUCUGGUAAAUUAGUUAUGAAAGCUCUUUGA